GUCGUCGUUGGCGCCUCACCUGCAAAACAACGAAUAUGGCACCUCCCCGUGUCUCUCCUCCGCCAGCAUUCCAAAUUUCUGCGCUCCGCCUGCGACGACCCCGAUCAGACUGAAGUCCUUCUCACCGACAUCGAACCAUCCGCCUUCCAAAACUUCCUCGACUACGCACACUCCAAUAUUUACAGUCUAAACAAGGGCGCCUCCGGCUACCACACCAUCCUACACAACGCUCAAGCCUGGAUACUUGGCCACAAAUUACAGUCCCCUCUCUUCCGGGAUGCAGCGCUGCGCACGCUGUACGCUGCGCUCGAGCCGCUCGCGCGAUUCUCCGCCAGCUGUGCGCGGUUGAGUGCUGUGCGUGCAGUCGACAUCCAGUAUGUCUGUGAGAACACUUCGCCCGAUUCAGCAGUGAGGCGAUUGCUCUUCGAUGCCGUAGCCGCCCACUGGAGACAAGUCGAAGUCCUCAACAUUGGGGACGCUAUGGAUCUUGAUCCUCCGUUCUCCUCGUCUCCGUCUCUCUCCACCGCCACAACAACCACCUGGCUCGAUAUCUACAACAACCACGCCGAUUUCCGGGUGCGGCUCGCCAACAGUCUGAAAGUCGCGGACGUUCUGCGCGGCGAUAUGUUGCGCCCUGUGGAGGACUAUUUG